CAAUCGUUAGCAUCGAGGAUCGAUUGCUCGGGUCUGCCAUUUUUCUCUAACCAGGAAGUAGCCGCUGCAGUUUACAGCUAGCACGAGUUUCGAAUGUUCACAACACUGACUGCACAAAAAUGAACGAAGUACAAAACGGAGCGGGAUCCGAGGCUAUUUCACUUUAUAAUUUCUCCGAGAAGAUUUUGGAGCAGGCAGUCCAUUUCCACGUGAUGAAGUUCAACGGCGGGUUUUUCCUCUGGGUCGGUUCGGCUCCGGUUCUGUCCAACUUGGCCGUUUCUAUGAGCAGCAAAUAUGAUUCAAUGCCAUUAUCAACAUUAGUGAUGGGGGACCCGUCCAAUACUGCUGCAAACUCCUUGGCCCAGAGAUUAGCAAAAAGGACCAAAAAGCAAGUAUUUGUGAGUUACAGUCUUCCGAUGACAGACUCCAGCCUCAGUUUGUUGGUGGAGAACCGGAUCAAAAAGGAGCUGGAGCUUCAUCCUGAGCACUUUUAAACCCCUCGGACUGGGAGGGAUGAGCACAUCUUCCUCCUCGUCAUCGCUUUGUAACACAAUAACAGGACAAAAAAAAAAUCAUAUUUAGUGUUCUUUUAUUGAUGUUAUAAAUUAAGUGGUUUAUUAUCAAAACAUGUAGGCCUAUGGCUUUUUGUACAAAUGCAUCUUAUUAAAAAAAUAACACUUAGAAAACAG